AUGGCGGGCACGCGGGACGCCAUCCUGGACGCGCUGGAGGAGCUGACGGCCGAUGAGCUCAAGAAGUUCAAGCUGAAGCUGCAGAACGCGCCCCUGCGCGAGGGCUACUCUCACAUCCCGCGGGGCGCCCUGCAGCGCAUGGACGCCGUGGACCUGGCCGACCGGCUGGUGAGCUGCUACCUGGAUGCCUAUGCCACCGAACUCACCGCCCAGCUGCUGAGCGACAUGGGCAUGCAGGAGGCCGCGGAGCAGCUGCAGGCCCGCAGCCGCGCCCGGGGCUCUGGAGCCCCGGCAGCGGGGAUGGAAGCCUCUGCUCUCCGGGCGGCGGCAGUCGUAUCAGCCCCGCACUUCAUGGACCGGUACCGGGAAAACCUCAUUAGGCGGGUCACAGACGUGAACGGCGUGCUGGACGCUCUGCAUGGGAGGGUCCUGUCGGAGGAGCAGUACCAGGCCGUGCGGGCAGAGGCCACCAAUCAAGACAAGAUGAGGAAGCUCUUCAGCUUCGCUCCAGCCUGGAACCUGGCCUGCAAGGAUCUGUUCCUUCAGGCCUUGAGGGACACCCAGCCCUACUUGGUGGACGACCUGGAAAAGAGCUGA